CGAGGACGGGCGGGCAUGGGCCGCGCAGGCGCUGGCUCCCCGCGGCGUCGCCGGCCGCGGUACCGGAACCUGGGCGGGCAGCGGCGCCGAGCUCCCCGGCCGCGCAAGACUCGAGCGUGCCCGCGCAGGAAGGCGCGCCCCCGUCGGAAGGCGCCUUGUUGCGACACCCGGGGGCAGGCGGCGCCGGAGACAGUCGGAUUCCCUGAAUGGAAGGACCCGUGCGCGGCCCGCGAUGACUGGCGCUGUGCGCGCUCCAUGCACGAGUUCUCAGCCAAGGACAUCGACGGGCACAUGGUUUCCCUGGACAAGUACCGGGGUUUCGUGUGCAUCGUCACCAACGUAGCCUCACAAUGAGGCAAAACCGAUGUAAACUAUACUCAGCUUGUCGACCUGCACGCCCGAUACGCUGAGUGCGGUUUACGGAUCCUGGCCUUCCCCUGCAACCAGUUCGGGAAGCAGGAGCCAGGGAGUAACGCUGAGAUCAAAGACUUCGCCGCCGGCUACAAUGUCAAGUUCGAUAUGUACAGCAAGAUCUGCGUGAACGGGGAUGACGCGCACCCACUGUGGAAGUGGAUGAAGAUCCAGCCCAAGGGGAAGGGCAUGCUGGGAAAUGCCAUCAAGUGGAACUUCACCAAGUUCCUCAUUGACAAGAACGGCUGCGUGGUGAAGCGGUACGGCCCCAUGGAGGAGCCCCUGGUAAUAGAGAAGGACCUGCCCUGCUAUUUCUAGCUCCACAAGCGUGUGCCCCCUGCCCGAGCUUCCCGUCUGUGGCCCCCUCUCCCCCUGGAACCUUCCACCCGGCACAAUGACAGUCUGUCUGCAAACCAGCCUGCUGGUGGGGCAGACCCGAGAACCUGGCGUGCACCCCCUGCCGGAGGAAGGUCCCGCGGCCCAGCUCACUGGGGCUCGGUGCUCCCCCAACCCCUGGCUACCUUGUGGGAAUAAAACAUACAGAUUGGUC